AUGCCAGAUGGGUUUGAGCUCAACGACAUCAAGGGUGACCACAUCAUCAACAAAUGUUGGUACUCUGCGUCUGGCUACAGCCCGUCGAUUGACGAUGCCGUUGUGCGGUGUGGAAAGCGGUCGACAUCGUCCGUGUGCCGGAUGCUCCCGGACGAACGCACUAUCGAUACCGCGACCACCGAGAUCUCCAUCCAAAAUGAAGCCAUGGUGAAGAAGAUUUUGUCUGACAACACAACCAAGAUUGGCACAACCAGCAAUGAGCCCUGA